AUGGAUCAAACACAAGUGGACACGAGAGUUCGUUCAUCGGGUUCAACAUUUAUGUCUAACCAGCCGUCUCUUAGUCAGCAUUCCGAGAGCAACGCUGCCUAUUUUUCUUGGUCUACAUCUAGUAGCCAAGAGAGGAGGAAUUAUUUUGAAAAUUUGCAUAAGAGGGUGUCACCUAAAUAUAUAGGUACGUUACCUAAAGAGCAUCAAGCAAAGACUUUGCUUGAUUUGAUGACUAUCCGGGCAUUUCAUAGUAAUAUAUUGCGGUGUUGUAGUCUCGGUACUGCAAUCGGUUUUAGGAUUCGUAAAGGUGUGUUGACUAAUAUACCGGCAAUUAUAGUGUUUGUUUCACGGAAAGUUCAUAUGCAAUGGCUUACCCCAAUUCAGUGCCUGCCGACUAUACUGGAGGGACCAGGAGGUGUGUGGUGUGAUGUGGAUGUUGUCGAAUUUUCAUACUUUGGUACAUCCGAACAAACGACCAAGGAACAGUUGUACAUGGAUACUGUGGAUGACCUCCGGGGAAGUGGCUCAAGCAUAGGUUCAGGCUCUCAGGUAGCAAGUCAAGAGACAUAUGGGACAUUGGGGGCUAUUGUAAGAAGCCAAACAGGCAAUCGGGAAGUUGGUUUUCUCACAAACCUCCAUGUUGCUGUUGAUAUAGGUUAUCCAACUCAGAAGAUGUUUCAUCCUUUACCACCGACACUUGGACCUGGUAUAUAUCUUGGUGCAGUGGAGAGAGCUAAUUCAUUUAUCCCAGAUGACCUUUGGUAUGGCAUCUUUGCGGGCGUUCACCCAGACACGUGUGUGAGAGUCGAUGGGGCAUUCAUCCGCUAUAGUAAAGAUUUUGACUUAUCCACUGUUACUACAUCUGUAAAAGAUGUUGGAGAAAUUGGAGAUUUGAAAAGGAUCGAUUUGCAAUCUCCGAUCAAUAGUAUUAUUGGUCAGAAAGUGAUGAAAGUUGGAUGUAGUUCUGGGUUGACUAAAGGGAUAGUCUUGGUUUAUGCUCUUGAAUAUAAUAACGAGAACGGAUUUCGCUUCUAUAAUGACUUUCUUGUGGUUGGAGAAAACCAAGAUCCGUUUGACCUUGAAGGUGAUAGUGGAAGUCUCAUUUUUUUGAAAGGUGAAAACAGAGAGAAACCAAGACCCAUUGGGAUCAUAUCGGGUGGAACCACCAAUAGGGGACGACUCAAACUUAAAGUUGGUCAACCUCCAGAGAAUUGGACUAGCGGUGUUGAUCUUGGACGCCUACUCAAUCUUCUUGAACUUGAUCUUAUAACUACGGCUGAUGCCCUAAAUGAUGCUGUACGAGAACAAGUAGCUGCAUCAGGAACAGUGGUGGGUUCGACAGGAACGAAUUUAUCACGCCCAGAGAUAGAGCUUCCUAAAGACAAAGUAGAGCCGUUGGGACUUCACAUCCAACAGCAUAUCCCUUCAGAAAAUGGGCCAGGAACAGGGGUUGGUGAUCACGAUAUCAAUAUGUCCCCUACAAAAAAUGCAGCCAAUUUGGAAGAUAUGGCUAACCUGGGCCCAAGUAUAAAGCAUCAGUUUAUUCCAAGCUUCAAUGGGCAUUCACGUUUGCACAUAAAUGAGCCGCAGUGCAGGGCGGAGUCUGAGAACUUAUGUGCUUUGAAAAGGAUGAGUAGCGAGGAUCUUGGUUUUGGACUGCAUUUGGGGGAGAAUGAGCCCAAGAGAAGGCGGUCUGAUUUUCUGUCACCAAGUAUGGAACAUGAAGAAGCUAAAUGAGGUUAUGCUGAAGGCAGUGUAAAAACCUUUGCAGGCGCAUAUGUAAAUUAUGGUUUAUAAACCUUUCAUGUGUUGGACUGGUUGAAGAGGACGAUGAAUUUUCAUGUAUGCAAAAUCCCGCUAUAAGGUGCAAGUUAUGACAAGUCCCCCAUCGAAUCAGUGAGAUUAUGUUCAUUCUAUGUUCUACUGAUCGGGUCAUAAGUAAUGAGCUAAUUAAUGAUGUGUUCAAAGUAUAAAUAUACUUGUGAAACCCAACUAUACCAGCCUUGUUUGCUUAUAACAUUUCGGGUUGACAGGUCUAAACUAGUAUUGAUAUAGCUGUUGUGAUUUGAACCUAGGAGCAGACAUUUUUGGCUAUAUAGUAUGUUCAAUGGAUUUAUGUUAAGCUAAAUGCGUAAGCUGUUUGGGUUU